UCAAACAGAAGCGGGCUGCAGUGGAGCGCAGAUUUAACGCACCCUAGCAGCUGUCCGUGCACGGAGGGGGAGUUACAGACUGAAGUCUAGCCACAGGAGGAGGAAGUGAGGCCACGCAGUAUUAAUACUGAUUGUAAUAAUAACAGGAGCGUUAAACCCGGCGGGGGAGGCUGUGUCACUCUUUAUAACCUGGAUAAGAAACAAGCCCACAGCGAGGCACCUGUCAGCUGAGGGUAACAGCAAGCCUUCAAGAGACCGACGGAGAGCAGCACAGGCAGGGCUGAAAGAGACACACAGAGAGAGCGAGCUUAUAUAACAGCAGCUCUGGGAGAUGCCGGAGCCCCAGCCGAGCCGAGGAGACCUUCGCUGGACAGUCAAAGCGGGUGAAACAGCGAAGGAAACGGCCUCAAACGGAUCGCACGGUGCAGAGAUGCAGCGCGCGACAGUCCUCUGCUGAAGCUUUUCCCUGAGGGUCAUCCUGGAUUCAGAGCCCACAGCCUUGGAUAUUAAACCCUCUCUGUGGUGACACAUCCAUUGUUCCUCUGCUGCUUCUGGACUCUGUGCUGAUGAAGAACUGAGGCACAAUGUCAACACUGCUGCCAGAUGCUGCGGGUCUCUCCCAGAUUAUGAAGUCAUAAAUAGGUUACAGAAGUCCUCCCUUCUGAUCCAUGAGAUGGCUUCCUUCUGAGGUGAGAGACCGGAAGCAGGAUGGCGGCGCCCUUCUGCAGACUGCACUGCAUCCUGAAGCGGGCUCACAUGCUGCUGCUCUGCCUGGGCAUUGCCUACCUGAUGGCGGGCAGCAUCCUGCUCCUGCAGCGCUCCAGCAUCAGAGUCACCCAGCAGAACCUCGUCAGUCUGCCGCCGUUGUUCUCCCUCGCAGCCCCUCCAACUGCCUUCAGGGUUGCAGGUCUGGGCGUGAGGGCACGCUCCAGAUGGGCCACUCAGCCUGUUUACGGAGGGGGAGCCAAGGCAGGGAGACACUGGCCCUCAUCCCAAAGCCUGGGGGUCCAACACUUGCAUCGCCGCUGGUUUCACAAUCUGCUGCCAGAGAGUCCAGAGCAGAGAGUCUCUCUCCACAGGAACAGCAGACAUAAAGGUACCUACAUGGGCUGCUUCCUGCACAACGCCACCGAUCGAGCCCUGGGGGGAACGAUGCUUUAUGACCUGCGCAAAAUGACCAGCUCUCUGUGUCAGGACACCUGCUCAGAAAGUGGGUACCAGUUUGCAGGUCUAGAGUAUGGAGCUGAAUGCCACUGCGGGAACCGGAUCAGCAGCCCUCGGGCACCUGAGGAGGACUGUAGUCUGGUGUGUCGAGGGGAGAGGGGGUCUCCCUGUGGCGGUGUGGGCCGCCUCUCGGUUUAUAAAGUGGAGGAGCAGCUGCCCGGGCACAGAAAAUUCAGAAACGUUCACUAUCGAGGUUGCUUCAAGCUGCCGAAGAACACCCUUAGCACCUUCCCCAUCUUCUCCUCCCAGCCCAACCUGACCACUCAGGCCUGCAUCGAGACCUGCACUGACAAGGAGCUCCCGCUGGCCGUGUUCAAGAAGCCCCGCUGUUUCUGCACGUGGACGUCGACUCUGUUCAGCCUCAACCAGCAGUCUGACAGCCAGCAGUGUGCGGGGAACACUGCUGAGAACUACACCGGGAUCUCCACACCAUCAGCUCCCACUGAGCAAGAGCACUACCAGGUGUACCACACACCUGUGCUGGACUCCAGGUGCAAAGAGCGGAUGUUUCUGCCUCAGAGAUCCAGCUCCCUCGUGGCUCUGUCUAGUUUUCCUGGUGCAGGGAACACCUGGGUUCGGCACCUGAUUGAGCUCGUGACCGGCUACUACACUGGCAGCUUCUAUUUCGACGGCACACUGUACAACAGAGGUUUCAAAGGAGAGAAAGAUUACUGGAAGAGCGGCCGCAGCGUCUGUGUGAAAACACACGAGAGCGGUCAGAAAGAGAUUGAGAUGUUCGACUCUGCCAUCCUGCUUAUCCGCAACCCAUACCGCUCCCUCAUGGCCGAAUUCAACCGCAAGUGUGCUGGACAUUUAGGCCAUGCUACAGACGCACAGUGGAAGAGCAAAGAGUGGCCAGAGUUUGUCUCCAGUUACGCCCCCUGGUGGGCGUCUCACGCUCUGAGCUGGCUGCAGUAUGGACGCCACCUGCUGGUGGUGCACUAUGAGGAGCUGCAGCGUUCUCUCCUCCCUCAGCUCCACCUCAUCACUGCCUUUCUGAAUGUGUCCGUAACAGAAGAGAGGCUGCUGUGUGCUCAGACCAACCAGGAUGGACACUUUAAACGCUCAGGAGGACAGAGACCCUCUUUUGACCCUUUCACUGCGGACAUGAAGGACAUGAUUGACCCCCUAAUUCGUUCUGUGGACCAGGCGCUGCAGGGCAGGAACUUGAGCAGACUACCACAGGACUACUUCCCCAGAUGAUGAGGAGAACAGGUCAAACAGGUUUAAAUAACUGGUCCUGCAGAGAGAGGUUCUUCAUGGGAACCUUUACAGACUCUGUCUGAUGUGAGUGGACCACCUGACUCUUUGAUAACACACACACUGUGAAUGGCUGCAGAGUCAUGGAAACACUCUGGAGGUCAUAGGAAGAAACAUGAUUCAGUGUGAGUCUUGUGAGCAGGGAGGAAGACCUCGAGCAGGGCUGCUUCUCUGAGAGCCGGAACAUGACGAAGACUCAGAGAGGAUUUGACAUGAUUUGUUGGCCUGCAGAGUCGGGAUUAUCCAGCAAAGUGCCGACUGCACAAAUAUAAGUGUGUUAAUCCCUGAUGGACUCAAUCUGGAUGAAGAGGGUUUUCUCUGGCUCUUUAUAAUUUCACUUUAGGACAUUUAAUGUGUUUUUAUCAUACAGUAUACCCAUGUUACUCAAAGUUCAACUUCAUACUAACACAGAUGACAACCACAGCAUCAGCAUUACCCGGAUUAGACUGAAUUUGUGGGAAUCUGCCGGCUGCUACAGGUCUGCAAUCUUGUCGGAUUAAAGCGUCAAAGCUGUUACAUGAGGCUGAGAGGAAGCUCCAUACAAAUAGUUCAUGAACUCAGAAAUAUGAUUUGUGCUUUAUGCUUUAAAAUGUAAAAGAAAGGCUGUUUCUUUGAGUGGAUUAUUUCAUUAAAUUCCUUCAGUUGUUUACAAUGGCCUUACUUGAAA